AUGACCAAAGCCUGGAAAGAGCACCGCGAUGUCAUCACGAAUCUCUACAUAAACGAGAACCGGACUUUGGACGAUGUCAGGGACAUAAUGCAAAAGAAUUAUAACUUCAGAGCUUCAACUAGAUCCUACCGCCAGCAAUUUGACAAGUGGAGCCUCAGCAAGUAUAACUGCAAGAAACGCAACAAUCGUCGCCAGCAACAUGGCCCCUCAACUGGAGGAAGCCCAAGCCAGAUGGGAAUGUCUGCGCCAUCUGAAUACGGCUCUCUCAGUCCGCAGAGUUUCCAGAGCCAGAGCCCAGACCUCGAUCAUACCCAUGAUGCCCUUGAAGCCGAGACGAUGGACUUGAGCCACUCCGGGCCUGUCGGGUUUGCGAGGCACUAUACAUAUCUAAACCAGGCGCAGCCAUCGGCCCAGGCGUCCAUGGACCGUCACCACUGGGAGCAACAAGAGCGAUGGCGAGCAAUGUCCUCCUCAAGCGCAGCAGGGCUACCCAGUCCACCCGACGACAAUGGUGUCUUCUUCCAAAUGGAGACCCAGUCGAACAAUAUGGAGUUGAUCUCCCCCCAGCCUGUCCAUCCUCAACAGUCCUACUCAGUUCUUCAUCAGAACGUGAAGUAUACGCAGCCGCCAGGGGGGAUGGUCAUGACCUCGGGACACCGGUAUGCACCAUACAAUAACGCGGUCCAUUGCGCGUUUCGUACCUCGGAUUCUGGCGCCUACCGCCGCUAG